UGCUUGUCUUCCCAGUACUGGGCACGGAACCUUACCUCGACUUCAUUGCAGACAAAACAUACAUACCCUACGGAUUCACAAUGCCACCGAACUUCCAUCCAUAUAGUCCGGGUAUCUUUCAUCACAACGCUCCAGCCCUGUACUUCAAGAUAAUUACGGAAGUGUUCAAGAGGGUUAUCUUCAAAAUGUUCGAGCCGACGAAAAAGGAACCUGACUCCGCAGUUAUUUUCAGCGCCAUCAAUUGCUUCCGAGGUCUUGUAAAUCCCGCAAGCAAAAACAAGACAGGCGCAACGCAGAUCUUCUUUGAUUCUGUGGCCGUGCCAAUGGCUUACACGAUGUACAGAAACGUCUUGAAUCACGCCAAGUGGGAUGUCAGCAAGCAGGCCAGACUGUCGUUGAUCCCGUUCUUCACCGAAGGACAGUACUUCUUCAUCCAAGCUGCACAGGCCCGAUGCGAGCACAUGGACCCUGACCCGACUAUCGCGUACCUCCGAAAACGGGAUGGAGCCACUGCAGCCGAUAAGGUAAACAUACCUUUCGCUAUGAACAACCCGCUCUUCGCAAACCGGUUCGGCUGUGCCAAGGAGCGGCCGAUGUACUCCAAAGGUGCCCUCUGCAAAGGUCCGUCGAAGUCUCUGAAGAAGGAGACAGAAAAGGAGUACCCGGGAGUGUACUAUUAGCUGCGAUGACACGCCGCGCGUAAUAAAGGCCUCCUGGGUGUUUUUUUUUCAGUA